AUGUCGUCAAAACCACUGCUGAGGAAACCGUCCGAGGGGCCAGUCUCACACUUUCGGAAACGGCUCAUAGUCCUCUGCGAUGGGACAGGCCAAGACUCCACGGCCAAUGAUCAUACACAAUAUCCCACGAAUGUAACUCGCUUCGGCCGCGCUAUCAGCCCGUGGACUACAGUUACGACUAAGAAUAAGAUAACAGACAAGGAGGAAGAGGAGCAAGUAGAGCAAAUUGUCUACUAUCAGAAGGGCGUAGGGACGAACUCGUGGCUAGACAAACGCGCAACCGGAGCUGGCGUUGCAGCGAAUGUUCGUGCCGCCUACGGCUUUCUAGCGCACAACUAUGACCCAGGGGAUGAGAUCUACUUCUUUGGGUACAGUCGCGGUGCUUAUACCGCCCGCGCUAUCGCAGGCAUGGUCACAAAAGCUGGAUUGCUCAAAAAACGCGGAAUGGACGCCUUUACGAAGGUGUACGAGGCAUACCACAAGCUGCGUCUCAGCGGCAGCAAAGAGGAUACUAGCGACGAGGAUACCAGCGAAGAGGACGAUAGCACAACUCUUAAGGUUGACGGAGUGAAGGAGGAUUGGUAUCAUGAUCCGGAUUCCGUCAAAGCUGCGGUUCGAAUUGUCGGCGUAUGGGAUACAGUCGAAUUCCAUAAGCCGGCAGUGGGGAAGUUCUUCGGUUAUGGUGGUGAAGACGUUGAGUUCGAGAACAAAAAGCUCUCGCGGCAGAUCCCUUUCGGUUUCCACGCACUGGCGCUGGACGAGCGGCGGAAGGCAUACUCGCCAACACUCUGGAAAGUCUCGAAACACGGCACACAGACCAUAAAACAAGUCUGGUUCAGCGGCAGACAUUCCGACGUUGGUGGAGGGGUGUCAAAUCCUCGCCUCUCGGAUAUUCCUCUUGCUUGGAUGAUCGGCGAGUGCGAGAAAACUGGAUACUUAGGCUUCGACCGUUCUUACUGCGUCGCCGGCAACCCGCCCCAGCCUAUACAAUGGGGUACAAGUCUCGGAUCCACGGACGAAAAUGAGAAGAAUGGCUGGUUCUACUGGACGCAUCACCUUACCGACAUAGUUACCUUGAGAGAUCGGGAACCGCUGUCAGAGAAAUGGACUACGAAUGAGCAGAUCCAUGCUUCAAUCGCUCAUCGCAAGUUCGGGAAGAACGAGGAUCCUGGAGCUAAAGACGCCAAGCCCUAUGAGUGCAAACUGUUGACUGGCGAAAACCCCGAAUCCCAAGGUUGGCUGCUACACAGGGAUCCACAGAAGGGGCUACUGGAGGCAGAACUAAACAAAGUCGAAAAAGACUACAAGGGAAGAAUUAGAAAGGCUGACGAGGAUGAUUAA